UCCGCCUCUGCUGCUAUCUUCCAGCAGAGGCCAUAUCUGCUGUCUUGCCGCUAUCCAUCUAAUAUGCUUCUGCCGGUUUGCUCGGCGGAGCAUGCAUGUGCUAGUUAGCUGCUAAGGUUGCACGCGAGCAGCUGCUGAAGCUGUUGCCUGCUAAAGCCCCUAGCUGGUUCGCUUUUAGGUGAUAUAUGGUAGCUGUCAGCUGCGACCUAGUUUGCGGCUAACGCUCCCCUUUCUCACGCUGGAUUCGUGGAGUGCCGACGGUUGACGUCAGAUUCAAGACACUCGGACUGCGAUCUCCACGAACGGUCGUUCUGCGUCGUUUGGCCAAACCGCCACGCUUCGACGGCGGUAGAUUAACCCGGCUGAUGAGGAUGGCUCGACCUAGUCGGACUAGGGUUAGGUCGUCUCACGGGUUGUGAGCCAAGAGGCCUAGAUGGUAAGCAAUCUUUUGAGUCGACUCGAACGUGGCUGGUAAGCAAGCGGGCUGCAGCUUGUGCACCAGUCUAUCGUUCGACGCCUGGUUCAGUUUUGCAGCGCGGCUCGCGAGCCUCUUAUCUCACUGCAGUUUUCGACUUGAACCACCGCCUUCGGCUCGCGAGCCGCUUCAUAGAUUCCGGCUGUCUAAUGUCCAUAGCGAACGUCCCGCGUGUAGAUUCGGGAGAGGAAAAGCAGCAAGUCAUGCCAGUUGACUCCAGAGCGCGUCGCGUGACGUACCUGAUAUCCUGCCUCCUACUCGGCCUCUUACUCGCCGCCUGCUAUCUCUCCCGCGAGUAUGUGGGCUCGCUGCUGCCUCGAGUUACUGUUUCCGUCGACUUGUCGGUGCUAGCGGCGCUGCUCGUCGGCGCUGCCGGCUCGCUCUCCAUCAACUUCCUCCUCCAAAGAAACUUUGCCCUCAUCCCCGUCUCCGCCGCCGCCGCUCCCGCUGCCGCCGCUGCUGCCGGCGCAGCUGGCGCGGGGGGAGGGGGAGCGGGGGAAGGUGCGGGUGCGGAAGCUGGCGCGGCGGGCGGAGAGGUGGGGGAUCCGGGGCCCGGGCUGGUGGCGUUCGACAUUCCCGAUAACGCGUGCUACUUCUGCGUGCGCCGACCCGCCACCUCCAAAUGCGGCAGCUGCAGGCUGGUGUACUACUGCUGCCGGCUGUGCCAGAUGCAGGCGUGGCGGAAGCACCGGCACGUGUGCGGGGCGGCGGCAGCAGCAGCGGCGCGCAUACAGCGCACGCGGGCGCUGCUGACCCCCUCGCAGUGGCGCGCGCUGGGCGAGUACGGGGACGCCGUGCGCGCGCUGCUGCCCCCCCACCUGCUGGUGCCGACGCAGCCGGACCUGGUGGCGGCGGCGCUGCUCAAGAUGGCGGCGUACGUGCGGCAGCGCCCGCACCUGGUGACGCAGCCCAUGGCGGACGCCGUGUGGGGCGCGGCGCUGAGCAUGCGCGGCGAGGGCCUGGCGCCGCGGCUGCACAUGGCGUGGGCGUGGGGCUUCCUGGAGGCGUCGGUGGAGUCGGGCGGCGUGGACGCGUUCCUGGGCGCGCUGCGCAUCGACGCCCACGGCGCCGCCGACCUCCCGCGCGUGAACCGGUGGAUGAAGCGCGGGCUGUGCCAGGCGCUGCUCAUGCUCAACAAACGCCAGGAGGUCGGCGCCUUCUUCCGCCACGCGCCCCGCCAGCAGCUCCUCUACUUCUGACCCACGGAGAGGGGGGGGGAUGGGGGGUAGGGGAGGGGAGAGGAGUACAGAUUGCACGUUCCCCGCCAGCAGCUCCUCUACUUCUGACUGGGGGGGAGAAAGGGGGGGGGAGAAAAAAGGGGGGGGAGACGGACAGCAGCUGCUCGAUGGCUGAUGAAAGGAAAGAGGCGGGGGGAAGGGGGAUGGACUGAUGGCAGCUGCUCUUCUUCCGCCAGGCGAAAAGGAGAGGGGGAGGGCGGGUGUGAGGGGGGACAGGCAGCAGCUCCUCUGUUUCUGACCCAAUGGAGGGAGGGGGGGGAUGGAUUGAUGGCAGCUGCUUUUCUUCUGCCAAGCGCCCAUGCAGCAGCUGCUUUACUUCUGAAAAAAGGGGAAAGGGGGGGGGGUGGGGGGAAGAGGGGAACAGAUGGCAGGUGGUUUACUUUACCGCGCCCAGUCAGCAAUAUGCUGACGUGGGAUGGAUGGCAGCUGUCCUGUUGCUAACGCUGAGCACGACAGAUGGUUGUUGCAUUGGUCUGCACACCUGCUGUUCUUCUAUAGGGGAACAGAACAUAUACCCAUGCAGCUGCUUCUUUGCUUCUAAUGAAGGCAGGCCGCAGCUGGUUUACUUUGAGUGGGACUCAUUACAGCUGGGUGUCCUAGUGAGAGGCUCUUUACAGGGUAGCUGGUUUACCUCUAUUGAGUACAAACAGCAGCUGCGACAGUACUUGAAUGGGCAGAUAGCAGCUGCUACAGUGCUCAGACUAGCAACUGAAUAUGUCUGUGUUCCUUCUUGAAGUAGAUGUUUUGUUACGUUGCCCUUGAAACAGGCUUUGUUCAUGUCAUUUGCUUUGUGGCAAUGCCCUGGGUGUAAUGGUUGCUCUGCUAAUGUGCAAAAUGGUGGAAUG